AUGAAGGCCGCGAUGUCGAGCCCCACGGACUUUGAGGAGGUGGCGAAGAGGUGCCUCGAUGCGCGGCAUUCGAAGCCCGGGAAGCCUGUGACGUUCGAGGAGUUGGAGCUGAAGAGCCUCUGCCUCGCGGCGUCAGGGGGCUUCCGAACCAGCGCCGAGGGACACGAAGGAGUCGGGGGGUUCGUGGAGCCGGAGCGGGCUUCCGAAGUGGAGAUGGGGCGGCUUUUCUCGAUUUCCCCCGCUCAAAAAGGUGGGUGGAGGAUCGUUUGGAACUCCUUCGACGGCCAACAUCUCGACCCGUUCGCUCGCGUCAUUGGUGUCGCCACUUCGCCGCCAGCCGUUCGGUCGCUCGUGGAGCGGUCUGAGGUCCGACAGACUUUACUUUCACAAAGCCCCUUCCUGGAGCUUGAAGUGCGGAGCCCCGGCUCCCGCUUUGGAAUUAGCGUGUCCACGUUCAAGCUCAGUGUCGAUGUUGGGCCCGUGGAAUCCAAAUCCAUCCGAAUGGGGAAUGGGAUGAAAAUCAAAGCCGCUGUCUAG